AUGGAGGUGUGUGGCAAAUCUAUGGUAUCAUCAGGGCCUGCUAAUGUGAUUUACCUGUCGACUAUUCUGGGCCGAGAUGGGUUGAUUCCUGUUCACAAAUGCGAUUGGAAGUGUGAAAAUGAACAUGUUUGUGGAAACAUGUAUCGUUGCAAACUAACUGGACUUACUCACAUCUGUGACAAAAACUGUAACCAAAGAAUUUUGUAUGAUAACCAUAGUUCACUUUGCAGAGCGAGUCGUCAAAUAUUUCAGCUUACAGCUGUAGAGGAGCAGGCUGUGAGAGGUAUUCGAAGGAAGGUUGAUGCUGAUAACACCACCUCCACAACUGAUAGUUGCUCUUUCAAGCGCAGACGACGGGAUGCACAGUUCCAGCCUUCUCCUUUCGAGAGAUCCUUCACCGCUGUCAGUCCAAUCUGCAGUCAAGUUGGAGAUGGCAUGGAUAUGAGCUAGAGAUAUAUACAUAAAUGCGAAGAUGUUAUAUUACUUACUUAUCUUAAUCUUGUUUCUUUAUAAUUUUCCCUUUUUUUUUUCUCUUUUCUUGGAACAAAUCUGGAUGAUAGAACUUUAUGUGAGAUACUUAAAUGGUGGACCUGAUGUGUCCUGCCCCGUAUGUAGGGACAAUCUAUAUUUCUAGUCUUCUUUAAUGCAAUUUAGAUCUUCCAUUA